UUGUGCGGAGCUGGGGGACAGAGGGGAGGUAGGGGAAGAAUGGAUCUGGAGUUUCGGGCAAAGGAUGACCUAGGGGCUGGUAUACCGGCUUGGGAAGGGCGUGGGAGCAGUUGCCACCUAUUUGAGCGGAGUAGGGCAGGUGUCGCGGUGAAGUCAGGGGUCAACGUUGAGUUGAAGGGGUAACAAUAAGAAACAGGGCUCACUGGUAUGACAACGUGGGUCAGUUGAUAGGUUUACAACGUGGGGCCGGGAUAACUUUGUGGGUAACGGUAUUGGGCAGGGUAAGGGGGUCGGGCUGAAGCGAGAGCGUGUGGAAACUGUAGUUGGCUAGGAUGACAUUGGUUCAGUGUGCAGUGUGUCACUGGCUGCCUGCUGCACACGCGGGCUCUGACCACAGUAGACACAUAACUUCGCUCCGCUGCUGAUGGCCGAGGGUAACUAACCGCAGCCCACACUCCCUCCCUCCCCCCAUUCCCUCUCACCCUCUCUCUCUGUCUGUUCUGGCUCUUUCUGUGGCCUGUGUUAGGCUGCCCAUUUGCUCCCUGCCUUUGAAAGGCGACGCUGUUUGCCUUGACGGAGAAGCCAGCAGCUGUUUGUAUUCUACCAUCUUUCAACGCGGGAGCCGGCGAGAGGACGCACGCGGAAAAACUUAAACAAACUUUAUUCUUUGACCCUUUGUGAAUCGAUUUGUUUGCAAUUGCUUGAUGAGAAUGUCAGUAAGGAUGCAUGAAAACCGGAAAUCAAGAGCCAGCAAUGGCUCAAUGAAUAUCUAUCUCUUCCACAAGACCACCUAUGCUGACAGUGUCCUCACCCACCUGAAUCUUCUGCGUCAACAGAGGCUCUUCACAGAUGUCCUCCUUCAUGCAGGGGAGAAGACCUUUCCUUGUCACAGGGCUGUGCUGGCUGCCUGUAGCCGCUACUUUGAGGCCAUGUUCAGCGGAGGAUUGCGCGAGAGCAAGGACAACGAAGUUAAUUUCCAUAACUCCAUACACCCAGAGGUUCUCGAGCUUCUUUUAGACUAUGCUUACUCGUCGCGUGUCCUUAUCAAUGAAGAAAAUGCAGAGUCGCUUCUGGAGGCAGGUGACAUGCUGCAGUUCCAAGAUAUUCGUGACGCUUGCGCAGAGUUCUUGGAGAAAAACCUACACCCGACCAACUGUCUGGGAAUGCUGCUGCUCUCCGACGCCCACCAUUGCACUAAACUUUAUGAGCUGUCCUGGCGGAUGUGCCUCAGUAACUUCCCAACCAUCAGCAAGAGCGAAGACUUUCUGCAGCUGCCAAAGGAUACGCUGGUGCAGCUUCUCUCGAGCGAAGAGCUGGAGACGGAGGACGAGAAGCUUGUGUAUGAGACCACCAUAAAGUGGGUGAAGUACGAUGUGAACAGGCGCCACUGUUGUUUGCCGGAACUGUUGCAGACUGUUCGACUGGCCCUCCUUCCAGCUGUUUACCUGAUGGAGAAUGUGGCCACGGAAGAGCUUAUUACCAGGCAGCUGAAGAGUAAGGAGUUAAUUGAGGAAGCAAUACAUUGUAAAUUAAAGAUUUUACAGAACGAUGGAGUUGUGACCAGUCUUUGUGCCAGGCCUCGAAAAACUGGGCAUGCCUUGCUCCUCCUUGGGGGACAGACUUUUAUGUGUGAUAAAGUUUAUCUAAUAGACCAUAAAGCAAAGGAGAUCAUUCCAAAAGCAGACAUCCCCAGCCCACGCAAAGAGUUCAGUGCAUGUGCGAUUGGCUGCAAAGUAUAUGUGACCGGAGGCCGAGGGUCAGAAAAUGGAGUCUCUAAGGAUGUUUGGGUGUACGAUACUCUUCAUGAAGAGUGGUCAAAGUCGGCCCCGAUGCUCGUUGCGAGGUUCGGCCAUGGAUCUGCUGAGCUGAAGCAUUCCCUGUACGUGGUGGGAGGUCACACGGCAGCCACGGGACGCCAGCCAGCUUCACCCUCCGUUUCACUCAAGCAGGUGGAGCAGUACGACCCAGUGACCAACAAGUGGACAAUGGUGGCGCCUCUCCGAGAAGGUGUCAGCAAUGCUGCGGUGGUCAGUGCCAAGCUCAGGCUGUUUGCCUUUGGCGGUACCAGCGUAAGCCAUGACAAACUGCCCAAAGUACAGUGUUAUGACCCGGUUGAAAACAGGUGGACUGUGCCGGCCACCUGCCCGCAGCCGUGGAGGUACACAGCCGCUGCUGUGCUGGGGAACCAGAUUUUCAUCAUGGGUGGGGACACCGAAUUCUCCGCCUGUUCUGCGUACAGAUUUAACAGUGAGACCUAUCAGUGGACGAAAGUCGGCGACGUAACUGCUAAGCGAAUGAGCUGCCAUGCCGUGGCCUCUGGAAAUAAACUCUAUGUAGUUGGGGGCUAUUUUGGCACUCAGAGGUGUAAGACACUGGACUGCUAUGAUCCCACUUUGGACACGUGGAAUAGCAUCACUACAGUACCAUAUUCAUUAAUUCCCACUGCAUUUGUUAGCACGUGGAAGCAUCUUCCUACCUAGAAGACAUAUUUUACAGAACAGUUUCCACGAUUCCUGACAUGAAGAAUUUUUUAAACUGUGAAGAAACUCAACUUGAAGAAUAUAAAGCUUUUUUUUUAACUAAGCUAAAAUGACUUGGCUUUUGCAGUCUACAUAUAACGUACUUACAGUGAUAUGAAGAGAACAAUCUUUUUCAUAUACAUCCAUAUGUUGUGAUUGUGAGCCUAUUUCUGAGCAAUGGUUACCAAUGACAAUUGCUAAUGAAUCAUAAGUGGCAUUAAUUGGCUCCUCCAUGAAGUAUAACUUAUCACCAUGCAGCCACACUGUUCUCUGUUUUUAUUGACUUUGAACAUUUGUACGUAAUAUUUUAAAUCAGGUAGCAGGACAUUUGAAAUGCCAGUGCCAACCAUGAGGGAGAGGGGAGGUUAUAAGGAGUACAGAUUUGGGCUGAGGCAACUUUGACGUACUCCACUAAAUUUUUGCUACUGGGGCCAGCACGAUGGACAAUGUUGAUGGCUCUGUCUUGUGGCAGUAACAACUCUGCUUUGAGAGUCCAUGUUGUCAGGGCAGGAAAACCCUGCACACUGUGGAGAGGGAGGUCAGCUGCCAAAAUACAACUUAAUCAUUAAAGAUCAAUCUUUAUUAACAGAGGGAGGAGAAAAAUUGACCUGUGGGUCAGAAAAUGGCUUUUAUAUGAAUCUGUUAUUUAUGUUUUUUUAAUGAUUAAAGAAUAUUUAUUGUUCAAUGAUGAUUUGCACAUUGAAAUGGACAAGUAUUCAUAAAUGUCUGCUCUGUAUUAAGGAGGGUCUGUCGAGGAAUAUUUGCACACUUGUUUAGCAGGAAUGGGGAUGUUGGGAAGAGCCGAUCACACACUUUAAAGGCAUACCCAUUCUCAUGUUAGGCAAACAGUGCAAACCUGCAAUGAAGGAGUGGGGACGUUUCCAAUCGGAAAUGGGAAGGGACCAGAACCUAGUUGAUAAGUUACACCAGCACUGGAAGAAAGCAGUGAGGUUGCUUUCUCAAGCCUACAGCUCACCAGGUUGCAUGUUGCACAUUCCAGCACAUGGCCGCAUUUCACUCGGUAUUUCCAGUGCUUUGGUGGGGGCAUUGCUUAAUGCUUGCUAAUCAAUCUCCGAACAUGUUUUUCUUCCUCUAGUUAAUCCAGCCUAUGUGAUUUCUUCAAUUAUAUGAAUCAUAAUGAACAAAAAUGAUUGGAACUAUAGUUCUCAUUGUGAUUCACGGGUCAGCAACCUUUCCUGCUGUAUAGUAGGAAGAUAGAUGAAAGGGAGAGAAGCAAGCUUCAGAUAGGAGCAUUCAGAUAUUAUAUAUUGUAGGGCAUUGAUUCUGAUUGGCACUCUUUGCAAAUGAAGGAUUAAUAUGCUAUACUGCAUUCCUGCAUGUAUUACUUUUAGGCAGAUGCUAAUCCAUUUAAAAUAAACAGGUCAACACACGUCUAAAAUUAGAGCACAGUAGAAUGCAGUGCAAGCUCGUCAACAUGGAAUUAAUUACUUAAUCAGAAUUUCUAGUCCAUUUUUUUAAAGCAUCCUCCAUUCUUGUUAUUUAUGUGUUACAAUAUCAGGCCAGUGAGAUCAAAGCAUAAGUGUUAGUUGAUCACUUGAGGGCAAUUUAGGUAACACACAAAUAUGUGUGGUAAUGGUCAAUCCACAUAAGCACUGAAAUUUGAAAACCUAAUAUAUAUCCAUUGCUACAUCAUCAAAAAUGGAGCUUUUUUUUGAGACUGUGCACACUGCAUGUAAAUUUUACGUGAGUGAUGGUUCCAUCCGUUGGAAAUGCACUGCCCAUUUUGGGAACUGAGCCGUACAAACAAUAGGAAUUUUAGUUUAGAUUUCUGGCGUGUAUGGAGUUAGUUUGUCUUAGAGGGUGGGAGGAGAAGAGAGGGAAUGGUAGGGUGAUGUAGGAAAGUAUCAAAGGGGGGGGGAACGGCAAGGGAAUGAACAAUCACCCUAGGUUCUUGAAGUAGUCAUUGGCCAGCAAUCCCUGCUGGCGGGUUUAACUGUGGUCACUGGGUGGUGUCAAGUCAUGAUGCAUUGCAUGAUGUGAAUAAUAGGUGUUUGUGGCCACAGACUGGGAAACCAUCUUAUAUUUAUCGACCUGAGUCACAGCUUUCAGGGGAAGAUGGGAAAAAUAGUGGAUGGUGCAGUAAGUAAAGUGGAUAUUGUCAUUAGGCAAUGAGGUAAUGUAGAUGUUCUGCUUGUGAAGUAAAGUGGUAGUGCAGUAUAGAUGGCUAGUGUUUAGGUGUAUGUUAUUGUUUAAAUAUCUAGGCAAAUGCAAAUGCCUAUUCCCUUGUGAAUCAAUUAAAAAUGGAAAAAAAACAACUUUCAAGGUCUGACCAAUGCCACCAAUGUAAAAAAAAAUUGUUAUGCAUCUUUUCAAUCACCGGGGCAGGAAUAUUAGCUAUUUUUAGUUACAUUUCAUGAAAGCUAUUUCUCAUUGAAUAAUAGCUAAGAGAAGGCAUUGAAGACAGGGUGGGCCUCAAGCUCUACAGGGAACUUUCUGGGGUCCUGCUUUUUGAAUUGAUGUGGUAAUUCUGCUUGCCGUUUGCCUAUUGCAUAUCUGCAAAAACACCGCAUGGUUUGAAGAGAAUGCAAUUCACAGCAGAGUGCACACAUAAAGUUGGCAUAAGACAAGAAGGUUCUUCCUAUUUUGUACACUCAUCACCAUAGCAACACAUUACAAAGCGUACUCUUCUAUUUCCAAUGUAAUUGCAUAAAGGCCUUUUCAACAGAGCUGACACCUGUCUGAAUGAGUGUGAUUAAAGAUGAAUAAUGUCUGCACCAACAAGAGUAAAUGUGUGUGUAUACAAAAAAAAUGUCAUUGCAAAAUUUACUGUGAGUGUUUCCUUUUUCUAACUGCUUGAAUGUAACAUUUUAGUAAAAGUAACUUUUUUUCACAAUGUGAAAUCAGAGACAUUAAAUUGUAUUGACAUUU